AUGGAAGGGCCGCUCAACUCACAGCAGCACGGCAGCACGCGGCAGUCGCCCUCGCUGCAACAGGGUGCCACAAAGGCAGUGACUAAUAUCUCUGGGGGGCUAGACAUGUUUGACAUUCAGCUGCAAAAUGACUGCGCCAACGUCCCGGGUUCGUUCAUGGGUAAUUUAAAUGGGAACGCCGCGGUGGUGGGACUUCCCCCCUCGCCACCUGUGACGUCGGCGGCAAUGUUCUCGUCAAUCGCCACCGCCACACACGGCCUGGCUUCUGCAAUGAGUAACCCGCAGACCGCACGCCGCAUGGUGCAGGAGGUGGCGCAGGUCAUCCUUCGCUUCGUCUCCACCCCCGAGGAGCCACAGCCGGAGAACCUGACGGACGAGUGCGGGCGGCACUUGAUUUUACAAUUUGUGGAUGAACUUCAGCGCUCGACAGCUACAGUAACGACAGGAAUGACAAGCGGCGGCGAUGGACGAUUGACCAUCGACAAGGAGGUUGUGUUGUCCCUGAAAAAUGGUAGAGAAGAUUUGCCGCCUCCAGGGGCAGAGGUGGCGCGCCCGCACCAUCCCUACGCUGGCUACUGUGGCGUGUUGAACGCUGCGAGCCCGCGUACGACGACACAGUUGUUGUUGCGGGGCACCCCACCAAACUUUUCAAACGUCGCCCAGGGCAGCAACAGUACCAGCGGCAGCACAAACGCCAAUAUCAACAAUCUUCGUAGUAGCCACGGUGCCAUGGAGAGCUUCAGCCCCGCUGGCGUGGGGGCAGCAGUGCACCAGCAGCCAGGCCUGACCGUGACGUUGCUGAGCAAGCGAGUGAGUGGUGGAGAUGUGUUUCGUCCCCGGCCACAGCAUCCCAGAAGCGGAAACCGCACGCUGAUGAUCAACCGUCGCGUCAUGACAAGCACGAAGAAGGUGCUUCGCUCGGCUAGCUCCGCCUUUUCAGAGUGUUCCGCAGGUGAGACGGGGGAGGUGAGCAGCUCCAUGUCACGCACCACGAUUGGAACAAGCGCGUUGGCAAAGUAG